CCUCUCAACCCAGAAAGCUUCAUAUUUUCCUGCAAAACUUUCAAAAAUGGAUGUCAUAAAAGGGAAGUGGAGCAAGAACUUGAUUGCCAAAGCAUGGAGGAGAUGCAGCUUACAAAGAGAGAGCAGCAACAAAGGGUUCAAGCUCAGCUCACUGACCAAGAGCAAGUCAUGGGAUUGCAGCUUCGGUAAUAGAAAGAAGAGCAAAGGCCAAGUAGCUCCAAAUGGGUGCUUUUCGGUUUAUGUUGGGCCUCAAAGACAACGGUUUGCGGUGAAGACGGAGUUUGCGAAUCACCCGUUGUUUAAGAUGUUGUUGGAGGAUGCUGAGAAUGAAUACGGGUACAAUUGGGAAGGGCCGAUUUUGCUUCCUUGUGAUGUGGAUUUGUUUGUCAAAGUGUUGGCUGAGAUGGAGUGUAGUGAGAAGGAUGUUGGCACUCCAAAUUGCGGGUUUGUUAAUUAUGGUUCUUUGAUACUUCGUAGCCCGGCUCGUCAUCUAAGCUCGAGUAUUAACAACGGUUAUGGUGGUGCUUAUAGAUUGCUUAGUCCGUCGAGAAUGCUUAAGAUAAAUCAAUUUUAA